UUUCCGCUUCAUUCUCCUGUGCGCACUUUCAAGCCAUUUUCUUCCUUCUUCCUCUCCAGCUUUCCGACUCAAAAACCUUAGGUUAAAGCGACGGCUCCGAGCUGUCCGCCUUGACAGUGUUGUUGUCUGUCUUGGCCCUAGAUUUUUCUGUAAAACUUAGGGUUUUAGGAGUGUUUGUACUUUUGACUAUCUUCUAACUGUAUCAAUGGCGGUAAAGCAGACUAAGGCCCAGAAGAAGAUCGCUUAUGACCAGAAGCUCUGCCAGCUUCUCGAUGAGUACACUCAGAUCCUGAUUGCCGUCGCCGAUAACGUCGGCAGCAAUCAGCUCCAGAACAUCAGGAAGGGGCUGAGGGGCGACUCUGUGGUGUUGAUGGGGAAGAACACCAUGAUCAAGCGUAGCAUUCGUGUUCACGCCGAGAAUACUGGAAACACCGCCAUCCUCAACCUCAUCCCUCUCUUGGUUGGUAAUGUUGGAUUGAUUUUCACUAAGGGUGAUUUGAAGGAAGUGAGUGAGGAGGUUGCAAAAUACAAGGUUGGUGCUCCUGCUCGUGUUGGUCUGGUUGCUCCAAUUGAUGUUGUUGUCCCACCAGGCAACACUGGUCUUGAUCCCUCUCAGACCUCUUUCUUCCAAGUGCUGAAUAUCCCCACUAAGAUUAACAAGGGUACUGUUGAAAUUAUCACCCCUGUGGAGCUUAUCAGGAAGGGUGAUAAAGUGGGAUCCUCUGAGGCUGCCUUGCUCGCAAAACUUGGGAUCAGGCCAUUUUCCUAUGGUCUAAUUGUGCUCUCCGUUUAUGAUAAUGGUUCUGUUUUUAGCCCUGAGGUGCUUGAUUUAACUGAGGAUGACCUGCUUGAGAAGUUUGCCCUGGGUGUUUCAAUGGUUACUUCACUUUCUCUGGCUAUUUCUUACCCCACACUGGCUGCUGCUCCCCACAUGCUUAUCAAUGGCUACAAGAAUGUGCUUUCUAUUGCCGUUGAAACAGAUUACUCCUUCCCACUGGCUGAUAAAGUCAAGGAGUAUCUCAAGGAUCCUUCCAAGUUUGCGGUUGCUGCUGCUCCAGUUGCUGCUGCUGCUGCUGGCUCUGCCCCGGCAGCUGCUGCUGCUGCCGAGGAGAAGAAAGAAGAGCCAGAAGAAGAAUCUGAGGAUGAAAUGGGUUUUAGUCUGUUUGAUGAUUAAAUUUGAUGCUUUGAGUUUGAUGGAUUUCUAGUUUUUGUUGUGCUGGAGAUUAUAUGUUUUAGACAAAGUUUGCUUUUUAAUUAGAUAUAUGAACUCCUUAAUUUUCUCAUCUAUUUAUUGUCUGUUUUUGGAUA